UCUUUUCCUCUAUUGUAGCCUCCACCCACAUGGCAAAGAUAUAAAAAUCAUGUCCAAAAACAGAAAGCUAUCGAAGAAGGAACGUUCUAACGCUCUGAGACUCGCUGCAUUACAGGAGAGGAAACAUUCACAAGGACCAUCUCUCAAGAUACCGGAGACCCCCGGCCUGAGGCCGUCCAACCACACUUUGUUCACUGAUGACAGGCCUGAGAAGUUGACUUUGUUUGAGAGCAAUGAUAUCGAUAGUGAUGAUGAGGUCGUGUUUGGAGAACGCUUCCAGGGGACCGGCGGAGAGAAGCUGUUGCAGUUACAGAGAAGUAUUGGUUUGGAUCAACGCUUUAGACUAGACGAUAAGUUUAUGGACGACCCUACAAGCGACGACCCUGCAAUCGAUGAGGAGGCUAUGAAAAGCACCGAUAAUGAAAGAAGUCGAUCGCUAGCUGUCCUGGACUCUUUGCUUGGACCGUCUGUUGUGUCUCGAGUAACUAAGCCUGAUGUUGUGAUCCCACCUCGCUAUGACCCCCUCUCUACCACACACAUGCUUCACGAACAAUCGAGAGCAGCCAUAACAGAUAAGGAGGAAUCUAGUUUGAGUGAGAGUGAUGGGGAGCAGUCCAACACACGACCCACAGUCAGUGGUGAUACCUUCUAUAGCAUCAACACAGACCUACACGGAUUGUUUGCUGCAGAAGAUCAGGGCUUUAAUUUCCUGGGACCGGAGUCAGAAAGUGAACACGAAUCUGUUGAAGAAGAGAUAGUGGAAGAGGUGCAGCGUCCAAUCAAAGUCGAGUGUGAUGAUAUGGAGGUUAGAAAAGAUGAGAGGAUGUUCUUCCACCAUUCUGGCGAGGUUCCUAGUCAUACGUUUUAUCGUCUUGAGUCACUUAGGUGUCUUGAAGAAGGAUGGCCCGAGAGGAGAGCUGCUUUCAAGCAAGCCUUUAGGAAGAGGCACAGAGAUGCAUCUAAGACUGUCUCCAAGUUUAGAAAACACUUGUAAUUAUUUUAUAAUUAUUACCAGGAGUGUUAUUACAGAAUCCUAUUAGUUAAGUUUUUUACUCUCAAAUGUCAUGCUUGUAUUGUACAAUUAAAUGUUCAUUAAAUUUGCAUAACGUUAAUAUAUUAUUGACUUCCAUGAUAAA